AUGACGGCCAUAUUCCUGGGCCUCGUAAUCCUCGUCGUGGCCGCGCUGCUGGCCGCCAUUGGUGUGAGCGUGACGAUCAACACGCGGAGGCUGCGCGAGAAGACAGCAAUGCUGGCGGCGCUCAAGGAGCAGGCGGAGGUGGCGGAGCGCAACAAGAGUGUGUUUGUUGCCAACACCGCGCAUGAGCUGCGCACGCCCAUCAAUGGCAUGGAAGGCAUGCUCAAGCACCUGGACGAGAGGGGGCUGGACGAGGAGCAGAAGGAAGACGUGGGGGCAGUGGUGGAGCAGGCGGAGAAGAUUCUGAGCCUUGUCAACACGGUGCUGGACGUGUGCAAGGCUGAGGCGGGCCGCCUGCACCUGGAGAGCCUGCCAUUCGACCUGCGCUCGUGGCUGCGCGACGCGCUGCACUCACACGUGCACGCUGCUCAGGAGCAAGGCUUGAACUUCACAUGGCAUGUGGAUGGUGAUGUGCCCAGUGUGGUGGUGGGGGACUACCUUCGCCUGCAGCAAGUGGUGGACAGAAUAGUUGACAACGCCGUCAAGUUCACGAGCAGCGGAGGCGUGUGCGUGCGGGUGCAGUGCCUCCCCCCCCACACCCACAUCCCCGCCCACCUGCUCUCCCUCGGCUGCCUCGUCACUGAACCCACCCCCUGCUGCUCCUCGCCUGCCGCUGCUACCACUGCUGCAAAACCCGCUGCUGCUGCUACUGCUGCUGCUGCGAGUGCAGCUGGGCAUCGGGUGGGAGCGGGAGAGCCGCUAAUUAGGGCGUCGUUGUGGGAGCAGGUGGGGCAGCGAGGGCUGGCGAGGGUGGUGACGGGCGCAUGCAGUGAGUGGGUGGUCCAGCGAGGCCUGGCUGCGCAGUGCCUGGAGUGCUACUGGCGCAUGCCCCCGGUUCAGGAGGGGGGGCCGGAGCAGGAGGAGAGCGAGGAGAAGGGGGGGCGUGAGGAGAGGGAGGAGGGGGAGGAGAGGGUAAGCGUUCGGGAACAAAGUGAUGCGUACCAAGAAAGCGGGGGAGAUGGGGGAGGCGAGAGGCCUGGGGGAGCCCAAGUGGGCGAUGCGGGGUGUAGAGAGACAGGCGCAGCGUUGAUCCCUCUGCGACCACGUGCUGCUGUGCACGGAGCAGCGAGUGCUGGUGAGGAUGCUGGGAGUGCAGCAGGGAGCACAGCUCCAGGGGAUGGUGCUGUGGGCUCGUGGAGGAGAGCUGUGGGGCGGUGUUGGCGCGCACGGGGCAGGGAGCAAGGCACGGAGGCAGAGGGGGGAGGUGACAGGCGGUGUGUGGUGGUGCUGACGUGUGAGGACACAGGGUGUGGCAUUGCAGAGGAGGUGCAGCGCCACGUGUUUCAGGCGUUCAUGCAGGUGAGCCCUGCCCCUCAUGCAGGUGAGCCCUACCCCAUGCAUGCCGCAUCAUGCCAUGUACCAUGCAGACCAACCGUGGCGCUCAUGGGAGGCAGGAUUGGGCUGCUCAGCACAGAAAGUCACGGCACCACCCUGCAUGUCACUCUGCCCAUGGCCGUUGCUGCUGCCACUGCUGCUGCACCUGUGGGUGGUAACCCGGGUUUAGCCAGCGCCAACACCUCUGGGCCGCAGGCUACCUGUGCUGCUUCCUCCUCUUCUGGCGACGAAGCAGCUGUCCCAAGGGCAGUGGAGACGAAGAGUGCGAGUGAGAGUCUGAAGGAGUUGCUGCAGGGCAAGGCGAUUCUGGUGGUGGACGACAACGCCAUCAACCGGCGGGUGGCAGCCAGCACGCUGGCGCGGUACGGGGCGCAGGUGGCGCUGGCAGAGUCGGGCGACGCCGCGCUGCGCCUGCUGCAGGCGCCCCACUCCUUCCGCCUCGUGCUCAUGGACCUCCAGAUGCCCGGCCUCGACGGUUUCCACACCACCGCCCGCCUGCGCGCCCUCGAGGCCCAAGCCAACACAGCCCAUGAGGGUUUGCAGGGAGGGCAGGAGGCUAAGGAGGAGCAGGGGGGGCAGGGGAGUCAAGGCGUGCAGUGCAUGGCAGAGGUGGGGAAGAGGGGGACGGAGGGCGGGUCGGGGGGCUGGCAGGGGCAGCAGCACAUCCAUGUGGUGGCCAUGUCAGCAGAUGUGGACAGCACUGUUGCCGCCCGUGCCACACAGGCUGGCAUGGAUGGUGCUGUGCAGAAGCCACUCAACGAGAGGCUGCUGCUGCAGGUGCUUUCAACACUAAAUGGUUUGUAA